CUUAGUUUCUGGUACCUCAUGUUCGAGUCGUUCAUCGAUGCGACCGGCCCGAGCUUGGGCGUGCUGAGGGUACUGUUGCAGCCCGUCGGCGAGAGUCUGGAAAACGCCCAGCCGAUCUGGCAGCUGUACAACAACCAAGGCCCGACGUGGUACUACGGACAGACGAGCGUGUUCGAGAAGCGAAGCUUCAACAUACUCUUCGAGGGCACCUGGGGACCUAACAGGGCCAGCGGUAACAUAGCCAUCGACGACAUUACCUUCUACACCGGCAAUUGCACGAUAAGGCCAAGUGGGGCGACGGUGCGAGCCGAGGAUUGCAGUUUCGAGAAGGAUCUGUGCGGUUGGGAGAACGUGACGACGAGCGGAGUGAACGACCCCAGGGUGCAGUGGCAGCGCGCGUAUCCGAAUCACCGGCCUGCACAGCUGUUGGACAAGACCUUUGGCUCUAACGGCGACUUUAUCUUCUUCGACAUAUUUUCACCGAAGCAGAGGCGCGACGUCAGGCUACGGUCAACGCUUAUCAAGCCACCCCCCGACGAGGACGCGAGUUGCUUCACCUUCUGGUUCGCGGCUUACGGCAUCGAGGAGGGUACCAAGCUCAAGGUCAUUAAAAUGUCCGCUGGCCAGGAGGACAACGCUUCGCCGGAAAUUUCAGAGGACGACGAGGACUCGGAGACGCAAGUGAUAUGGUCGCUGACCGCGAAAGGAUUCAAUAAUCCGAGACCUUCGUGGACCUGGGCGCAAGUAGCUAUAGAGGCUCGCUCGCCGUAUCGGCUGAUAUUGGAAGGAAGUGCCAGCAACGGCGGAUUCGCGAUCGACGACAUCAAGUUCCAAUCGUCAUCUUGCUCGA